GCAGAGCAUCCUCGACUCCUUUGCUAGGAGUCUUGCAAUGAAGUUCAAGGCUGCCUUCUCGGGUGGGGUACCUCAGCGACAAUAUGGUCCUAGAAAGAGCAUUCAGAGAGAUCAUGCAGGUGCCCAUGAGCGUCUUGUAGCGGACUACUUUGCUGAAGAACCACUCUACCCCGAGAGUAUGUUCCGUACUAGAUUUCGUAUGAAUAGGCGUCUCUUCCUAAGAAUUGUGGAUGCCCUUGGUCAGUGGAAUCCCUAUUUUACUUAUAGGGCAGAUUGUGCUGGUCGAAUAGGGCUCUCACCACUUCAGAAGUGUACAGCAGCCAUGCGCAUGCUGGCUUAUGGCAGUCCUGCAGAUGCUCUUGAUGAGUACUUGAAGAUUGGGAAGUCCACUGCAUUACAGUGCUUGGACAAGUUUGCACGAGGGGUGGUUGAGGUGUUUGGUGGGGAGUACUUGCGACGCCCCACACGUGAGGAUGUUGAGAGAUUACUCCAGGCUAACGAGUCUCGUGGUUUUCCUAGAAUGCUAGGUAGCAUAGAUUGCAUGCAUUGGCGUUGGGAGAAUUGUCCUUUAGCUUGGAGGGGGCAAUUCACCCGUGGUGAUUAUGGAGUUUCAACUAUAAUCCUAGAAGCCGUUGCUUCCCAUGACCUUCAUAUUUGGCAUGCAUUCUUUGGAGUUGCUGGGUCAAACAAUGACCUUAAUGUGUUGAACCAAUCCCCACUUUUUCUUGAUGCCUUAAAAGGAGAAGCCCCUCAAGUUCAGUUUUCAGUCAAUGGCAAUGAGUAUAGAACUGGUUAUUACCUUACUGAUGGUAUAUAUCCAGAAUGGGCAGCCUUCAUGAAGUCAAUAACACUUCCCCAAACAGAGAAGCAUCAGUUAUUUGCUGAGCAUCAAGAAGGGGCAAGGAAAGAUGUGGAGCGUGCUUUUGGGGUGUUGCAGUCCCGUUUUUCCAUUGUUCGUCGUCCUGCACGCCUAUGGAAGAGAAAGAGUAUUGGAAGGAUCAUGCUAGCUUGUGUGAUUCUCCACAAUAUGAUAGUGGAAGAUGAAAGAGAGGAUGUUAAAAUUCAUAUUGACUUGAAUGAGAAUCCAGGGGCAUCCUUUGCUCUACCUCCUGAAGUGAACACUAGUCGUAAUCCACGCUUUGCUGAUGUCAUGCGUAGAAAAGCUGCUAUCCGAGAUCGUCCACAGCAUACCCAGCUUAAAAAUGAUCUCAUUGAGCACAUUUGGCGCAAGUUCGGAAAUAGGCAACGUAACUAG